AUGACCAGCGAAUUUCGUAGUCGAGCUCUUUCUUCUACAAUUCGAAAUAGUCUCCCAGAUACCCUCAAAGGAUUAAUAAUAUUUGAGGACUCCUACAAGUUCUAUGAUCGAUUUCCAAAGCGGCCAGCCCGUAUACCCUGGUUUAAUUUGGUCGAUCCUAGCGAAGGGCUUAGUGCGGUUUUCGCAUCUAAAAGCCUUGACUUACAAUACCUUGCUAUCUCAUAUAUGAUUGAUGCAGAAGAAUUCUUUCAACACUGUCACUCGACGUGGAGCUGGUCACAUCUACUAUCUCUGGUGCUCACAUCACAGCUCCUUAAGGAGGACAGGGAAAAGCGUAAGCAGAUUGAGGGUUUGUUAUGCCAAGCCAGUGUCCUUGUACGGAAGAUGUCCAAGAUACAUACAUUUGUGCUUUGGAAUGGUGGAAAGGCACAUGCCUGUGCGUUCAUAUAUCGUAUAGACCGAGAUAGUGCCUCGGUAACUUGGCGCGGAACGUGGCAUCUAGAGCUGAGUCCUCUUGUUGUUAAGUCAUGGCAGCUCACCGUUUCAAAGCUUUCAUUUCGUGACCUUCAACUUGAACUAAAGCAGGAGUGUAUUCAAGGGGUCAUAAAUUCUCACGGAGAUGCAAUCUACCAUCUAGAACUACCCUGCCAAGUCAUCGACCCUGUGUCACUUUGGCAGAUCCGGAGGGAAGGAUGUAGCUAA